CCUAAUCAUUGUUAAAACUUUAUGCAAGCUAAACAUGAACCAGACGUAAAUAUUUUUCAAUGGAAUAGUCAGUGAUGGCCCAAGCUUGACAGGCAGUAUGUGAUAAUAAAUUUACCCCAAGCUAGUUUGCGGGGGGAAUUCGUCAGCGAUAUAGCACCACACCCUCUGCUUCUGUUAAUAAUUAAAAAUAUUCUGGGAUAUGUAUGCGAUUGUUUUAUCAUUUACGUUAGUUAAAUACACAGAGCAAAAUGACGUGUGGAUUUUGCAAUAAAUUGUAACUAAAGGAGUAGAGCUUUUGUGACGGGCGUGUUUGCGCUGGGUAAUAUUUGUACAUAUUAGCUGGAGAUAGUAGACCGUCAUUUUUUAAUGUUAAUGAUAUAUGAUUAAUGAAACAGUUCAAUAUAAGAUUUUAGUAAAAGCUGUCAUUGUUUACAAUGCACUUAUACAUUUUUUGAAAUGUUUAUCAUUGACCAAUGGAGAUUUAGGAAACCGUAAAUACGCAUAGGCUCAGCUUGGUAUUUCAGCAUGACGAUAUGUCGAAGUGAUAAUAGGCUAGAGCUAGAUACAUUUGCUGAAAUUUGACUGCCACAGUAUGGCUGGAAUUGAUGGUAAUUACUUCAGUAUCGGGAACAGCGCGACAACGCAGGACUCGGAAAGUAUGACUCGUGAUGUACUCCUGGAGCCACAGCUGACAGCACAUAGCGACAUCUACGCCAUGAACGAGUGUUGCCCCGUAUGUGGUGAUAAGGUUUCGGGAUACCAUUAUGGUUUGCUGACAUGUGAAAGUUGUAAAGGAUUUUUCAAAAGGACGGUCCAAAACAAGAAAGUUUAUUCGUGUGUGGAAAGCAAAAAUUGUGUUAUAGAUAAAACACAGAGAAAGCGAUGCCCAUUUUGUCGUUAUGAAAAGUGUUUAAAAGUCGGAAUGAGGCUUGACGCUGUACGAACAGAUCGGAUGCGGGGAGGCAGAAACAAAUUUGGGCCCAUGUAUAAACAAGACAGAGCUCGAAAGCAGCAGAUUCAAGCCUUCCAUCGUGCAACUGGAUUUUUAAACAUACUCGAUGGGAGGCAAGUACACUCGGGCCUAGAGAAACGAAUAUUUUACCCAAUACCUGAAUAUUCUCCUGACUCAAAUCGCCAACAAUUAUUGAAUGACGCAAUCGGAAUUACCAAAGACGGCAGUCAACCAUACAAGGACGUCGCGGAUCAGAUGUAUUUCUCUAAUCCUGCUCUUCCAACAUCCAAUAUAACGGACGAAGAUACUGACAGUUCAAAAAAUGGCCACACCAAUUACAACAACUAUAAUAACAACUCAAUUACUAUCAAUAGUCGCGCAGGGGGAUAUAUUAUGAAUUCCAAUACUUUGCAUGUGCCAAAUCUCAUGAAGUCACCGAAGGAACGAAAUGGCGACUUGGACUUUCAUAAUCUUGUUAACAGGACACUUUACGGCUCAGACAACGCAACUGAUCUUGAAAAAAGCGCUACGUGCGAAUUUUUAAAAAAUAGAACUCUUUUUGAAGUGAGAACGAAAGAGAGUGAAAUAAUACCUUCAUCCGAAAGAGACAAUAUCAGACAGAUUGUUCCUCCUCAUCAACCUCAAAUAUUACUAUGUAGUUCACCCCAACUAUUUCGAUCCAAGUCAGAAUGCAAUUUAUCACGAAGUAUACAACAUCGGCAGUUAGGUCUAUCUCAAAGACUCUCAUUUCAGUUCCAUGGUGAAUCUGCGCCAAUCUUAUCACCAAUCGUUCCCGAAAGAUAUCUGGAAUUGACCAAAGAGCCCUUACACCAAUCUUUUCCACUUAGUACUAUUCCACAUCUACGACAACCAUCCUUGCUCUCGGAACUAAGACUGAACGAGGUAAACCAUCGAACGAUUUCUGAUAUUCACUUAAAGCCAGACCAAGUAUUCAGGUAUAUUUGUGAAAUUGCUAAUCAAACGCUGUUCAUGAUUGUGGAGUGGGCAAAAUCAUCUUCACAUUUCAAGCAGCUAGAGACAAGCGACCAAAUGACUCUAUUACAAAAAGGAUGGAUGGACAUCUUGGUGCUGGACCACGUAUAUAGACAAGUAAAUAUUUCAACGGACACCAUAAUAUUAGCUAAUGGACAUACCUAUCUACAUGAUGCAUAUGAUAAAUAUGUGAGUCAACAUUACACCGAUAAACAAGAGGAAGAUUUCGUCAAAAAUAUUAUUCAAAGAUCUCGAGAAUUAACGAUGAAAUUUAAAAAUCUACAUCUUGAUAAAAUGGAAUUUAAUUGUUUGAAGUUUUUGAUAUUAUUUAACGCAGAUGCUUCUUCGGUUUGCCGAGUUCAUCUCAGGAUGGCGCAAAGUACGUUUAAUGAAGCAUUAUGGCAGCAUUCACACAGACAUGGAAGUUCUAAUACAGACAGAGUCGGUCAGCUACUCUACACCUUGUCAGAGGUUCGAACCUUAAGUCUGCAUUGCGAAGAAUAUCUAUUCAAACAAUUUCAGCAAGGAAAUACACCAAAGAAUAACUUGCUAAUUGAAAUGUUACAUGCUAAACGUAACGUUGCUACUCGCUGAAAACUCUAAUAACUCUUUGACGAGUCAAUUGCCUGCCUAAAAAAAUCUCUACCGCGAGAAUUCAAUUCCACUGUGAAUUUGAAAUGAAUCACGUGAUUACAAUCUACUCGGGGUAUAGGAUACAAAAUAGACUUUACUCGUAUAUAAGUUCUUUAUUUAUUGAUAUUUCAAACUAUACUACCUUCAUUGAAGUGCUUAAAUAAAUUGUAAACCUUGGAGACAACUGUAUCUUCAGUCCAAGAUAACGGCACGCGCAUGUGAAAUAACCUUAUCAAGCAAUGUAACUAGGAAGAACGGGGAGUUUUCUUGUAGAGGAAAAAGUAAAAUCAGUGUUGCGCCUAGAAUUGUGGCUCCCACCCCAGCAGCUGUCUGGCCCCCUUGGUGGGCCACCGGCUAAAUACAAAUAAACAGAACAUAGCUGAUUUUACUUCUAUCGAUUGGGUGUAUGACAACUGGUAUAAAAAAAAUUGAAAUUCUAUGACAUUUUAUACAAUAUAGAGCAUGGGUGGCGAACCACUGACCCACUGUGUUUUUCGGUAACCUCCAGAACCAGAAUUAACGCGAAAAACAUACUAGCAUUUCGGUACUCCUGAAGUAUGCGCACCAAGAUGUCGCACAACCUGAACCCUAACCUGGUACACAACCUGAGUUCAUCUUGGUGCGCAUACUUCAGGAGGUCCAACAUUUCAGUGAUGAAUAUUAAUGAUAGAACUGGCUUUGA